AUGGGCGAUACCUUCGUGAGUUUCAUAACGACAGAGUACGAUGCUCUAUUGUCUAAAUACAUCGUGCGGGAUUGUCCCUGCUACGAUGUUUGGCGAACCGAGGACGGCUUCUUGACGGACAUAUUUAAAAGACGCAAAAAUUACUUUGCAUGCGCAGUAAUACCGGACAUUGAAAAAUACGGAGAAGUCACCGUAAAUCAUAAGCUCAUCCCGAUUCUUUUGGGUUCGGAUGUUGACAAGUCCAUCAGAAGAGUGUGGUGUUGUCCGGAUGAUAGGAAGAUGUAUGGUGCCAUUAUAGUUUCGGGCGUUGUUCAAAUGAUACCAACGUUCAUGACGAAUAACAUCCGAGGAGGACACGUGUACGCCAACAAAAGGGAGCUAUCUUAUAAAUUGACUUUACGUCCAAAGGUGGGUAAUGACAUACCACUUGUAUACACUCGGACCGGUGGUAUUUCCAUUGAUCGUCCAGGCUCUUCAGACGAGAAGCCGACCAAAUACAAACGCACCAACGAAGGGGCAUCUUCGGAGGAAAAUUCUUCCGACUUCAUCAGUGUAAUGAUUGAAAUGAGCCGUCACUGCAUGAUCGACGACCCGCCGCAAGCAGAUCUGGUACUGCGCAAAUACACAGAAUUUUGGGACGAGUCUCUCGAAGAUGCUCCGGAUAUCGACAGUGCCGGAAACAAGACAUUCAUCACGGUUGGUAAAUUGUUCGAACGCGCUAUUCAUUUUGUUUUGUGGCGCAAAGGAAUUAAGCGCAGAAAUAACAUAGCACAGUUUCUACGGACCCGAUUCGAGACCGGUGGAUUGUUCUUUGCAAUUUCCAACAAAAACACAGCAGCGAUGGCCCAAGACUCGAAAACUAUCUACAUGGCAGUUGACGGUCAAAAAUUGGACAAAAUCCACCAUCUCUGCAGCACGAUAUCUCGGUUCGUCAAUAACAGAACUAAGAAUUCCAGCGCUCUUUUUUAUCCCGCCGAUGCAAACAAAUUUAUAUGCCCCGUAACGAACAAAGACAUGAAAGGUGCGGGUGAAAAUUUGACAUUUUCCAUGCUGACCAUCAGCUCCCCCCGACUGGAUCCAGUAUCCGUGGUCGACGACAUCAAAAUGAGACUCGAAAAAGAAAAAAUCAAAGGAGGUCGUAUGAUUGCGAUCGAUGGUUGGUUAACUUUUGGUUGGGCAAAAACAGAUGUCACCUUUCUCGAGGGUUUGAAAAAGAAGUGGCCAACAAUCGCGUUCAGGUUGAUUGGGAGCGAAUUCCUCAACAUACUUACCAAAGGGGGCGCUGUUAUGCGCUUCGACCCGCAUUUUGAUUUCUGCAUAACACCUUACGAACAUCAAAGAAUAUGGGCUGACGCAUUCGAGACGUCUCAUCCCCUCACUUUAUGCGGGCCGUUGGUGACUAGAAUGAGUAAUCUGACUUUUGCGCAAAAGGGUGUAAAAAUAACAGUCAGCGUGGCAAAUCUCAAGGGUCAUUCUGCAGAACUCACAACUCCCAUGUUGAAAGCUGCAUUUGAAAGAACAAUCGGGUAUCAUUGUGCACUUGCACACCCCGCAGAAGGAGACCUACAGACUAGUGUUACAAACCACCAAAAAAGCAGCAAUCCGAGGGACUAUACGCACCAGGCCAUAUUGUCCCAUUCUGAUGUGGUGCCUCCCGGUUUAUCAGAGAAGUUUGAUCAUAUAUCCAAAGAUAAAAUGCUCAUUCCAACUAAGGAAAUUGAUGGAUUUGUAUUGAGCGAUUUAAUUCCUUUUCCAGAUCUCGACGCUUACGACCGCUUUUUGUCCAAGUUGGUGCCUAAACGAAAGAUUAUCGCUGUCGAAAUGGGUUCUGCUAAUCGUUCGAGAAGUUCCAAACCCUUGGAUCCAACUGGGCUGGUUAACCUGCUCUGCACUCAAAGCCAGAGGCACGCUUGGCGCACACAUUGUCAGACCACGGAAAACACCAUACUGGGAAGAGUGACAAUCAAUUGGCCACUACCUGCAAACUCGACCGUGAAGAAAAACUACGAAUUGCACUUGGCGGAAAAUAAUUCCGAGUGCGAAAACAAAAUGGAUGAGAAUUUCGCGUUCGCAGAUCACUGUAUUUUGUGGGCUGCCUUUGGUGAUGUGGGUGGAGGAACCAAUGAGGAUGGUAUUGUGUUGGACGAAAGACUGUCGAGAACCGGGCCGAAGAAGUUGGUGUCUAUAACGCUACAAGCCAAAGUUCAAUACGAGGUUCGUAGCAAGAAAAUCACAAAGUUACCCGACGGUAUCGAAUAUUCCCCCACAAACCAAGAAGUUUGCGGUUCUAUCAUAUUUGGGACCCUCCACUGCGCAGAACCUUUAAAAAUAAUUGGUUCACCGAGGUUAGUGGUGAAUUCUGUAGAAAUAAAGGGUCGCUACCGUUAUAUCCUCAGCUACGAAGACUCAUCUUCUUUUGAAAAGUGCAAUAUAUGGAGCGAUUGGCAGAAACCGCUAGGAAUAAUAUUCGUACAUUAUGAGUAUUACAAACCCUUGGGCGUCGGUCACAAGUUGUCCAACAAACACGGACAAAAAGGUGUGUGCAGCAAAACUUCCGACCUAUCAAAAUUUAAAUUUUGGACUCGGGAAGGACAAUGUGUACACCCACAAGUUCUCUAUUCACCAGUCAGCGUGAUAGGCAGAGUUGUUGCCAGUCAAAUACUGGCAAUGAAGAACAGCUCGCGACUAGCCAUGUCGAUGGACGGAUCUCUUUGCGCGCCUUUGGCUUUCUUCAUACACCACAUCGAUGACACGCAACAGAGUAAAGUGGGGUUAAAGAAGAUUGAUCUCAUGACUAUGGAAAAUGGGUUUGUUGCAAAUCAACUCUCUUUCACUUUAAAAACUUUGAGUAAUCAACGGGGUCGCCAUGAUCACGGCGAACGGCUUGCUAAAGCGUUUCUGGAGCUUUGUAGUUUCAGUGGUGGGCGAUUGGCAUUUAUCUCUCACAAACCAGAAUUAUUAGAGGGGAUGAUCGAGAGUGCGAGUGAUGACGAUGAUGAUACUGACUUUGAGGAGUCGGCAAGUGAAGAAUAUGAAAGUGACUAGCUGUAACUAUAUUUGUAUAAAUAAAACAGACGUUAUUAGACAUUGUUUUUUUU